UCUUUAACCCAAGCCCUUGGCGUGCAGUGUCAGUGCAUGCAUUUUACAGAAGCAAAAAAAAGCACAGAUACCACCUCGACGGCAUCAAAAUGGCGGGAUAUUGUUAAUCCUGUCUUAGUUCGAUUCAACCCAUAAACCCUAGAAAUCCCCAUCGAGAUCAUGCUUUCUUUAUGUUGACCAUCUCCAAUCUCUGUUCUCUCUCCCGUAACCCUCGCAUUUCCAGCACACUCUUUGAUCCAAAAAAACCUAGUUUCAUACCAUUCGUUUCUUCUUCGAUGGCGUCUUCAAAGCUCAUUGUGGAAUAUGCAAAGUCCAAUCGGUCUUCGUGCAAGAAAUGCUCGAAGAUCAUCGCUGCGAAUGAUCUACGGUUGGGUUUAGUGAGUAGAGACCCGCGAGGGUUCGACACGCCCAAGUGGCACCACCCGCGCUGCUUUCCGAUGAAUUCGGAGUCUAUUACUUCGGCCGAGGCAUUCAAGGGGUUCUCAUCACUGAAGAGUGGUGAUAAGGAGACCUUGAAGAAAUUGCUGGAAGGAGGUGAUCUGUCUCCGGAAAAGGUUCUUCAAAAAGAUAAAGAUGAAACAAGUGAGACAGAGGAAAGACAUCCAAAGAAAAGAAAGGUUCUUCAAAAAGAUAAAGAUGAAGCAAGUGAGACCAAGGAAAGAUAUUCAAAGAAAAUAGAGUUGUCUCCACCCAAUGAGGUGGCUGAGCUGGAUUUAGCCUUUUCCACUUCUGACAGCAAGGACAAGUAUAAGGAUGCUACACUAUUACCAAAAUGGAAGGCAUUCCAGACAAUAAUAUUUCUUGAACGGGAUGAUGGUCUUCAAGAUUCAAGAAAAAUUGCUGCUUUUGACUUUGAUGGAUGUCUUGCGAAAACAUCUGUGAAAAGAGCAGGUCCGGAUGCUUGGUCACUUAUGUAUUCUUCAAUACCAGAGAAGCUGCAGAGCUUGUACAAUGAUGGCUACAAGCUGGUGAUCUUCACAAAUGAAUCGAAUAUUGAGCGCUGGAAGAAUAAGAGACAGGUAGCUGUGGACUCAAAAAUUGGGCGUCUCAACAAUUUUAUAAAGCGUGUGGAAGUCCCAAUUCAGGUGGUUCAUUUGGUCAACGUAUGCUGCAGUUUUUAUGGGGUUUUUAUAGCUUGUGGAUUAGGUAAAUCUAAAGGUAAAUCUGAUGGUCAAGCAGAGGAUCCCUUCCGCAAGCCCAAACCUGGGAUGUGGCAUAUAAUGGAGCAGCAGUUCAACUCUGGCAUUUCAAUUGAUAUGGAUCAAUCCUUUUAUGUUGGCGAUGCGGCUGGCAGACCUGAUGAUCAUAGCGAUGCUGACAUUAAAUUUGCACAGGCUGUUGGAUUAAAAUUUUAUGUUCCUGAGCAAUACUUCCAAAUCUGAAGGAUAUGUUAUUGGCAACUUCUGAUGUAUAAAAAAAUAUGUACUAAUCCUUUUGGCAAAACAGAGUGCUGUCUAACCGGAGGACCUGAUCAGGAUAUUACUGGUUGUAAAUGUUAGCUCUGCUAAAACGUUUUUUUUCUCAUUUCAAUCUCUCUCUCUCUCUGGAUGAAUGAUCGGGAACAGAAAUGCCUGAUUGAUAUUUUGUAUGUACAACUUAAUGUAGGCGGAGAACAUCUAUCUUAAAUGAUAACAUUUUGCAAGCA